AUGAGGACGGGGCGGUGGGAAGCACCCGCCCGGUCCAGGCCAGGGAGCACAUUCCACCUUCCACCAUGGAGCCUGAACCAGACAUCCCCAGCUCCCACAUCUCCCGUGAUGGACACCAAAGGAGAUGAUCCGUGCGGGGCAGACGUCACCGACAUAGCCAUAGACGGUGUCACCCUGCUCAUUGGCUUCUGCGGGCUGCUGGGGAACGGGGCUGUCCUCUGGCUCCUCGGCUUCCACAUCCGCAGGAACCCCAUCACCGUCUACAUCCUCAACCUGGCCGUAGCUGAUUUCACCUUCCUGCUCUUCGUCAUCACCUCAUCCCUGCUCUACAUGGUGGACAAUGCAUCCUGCUCUCCUGUCGUUUCCCUCAGGUACCUGAGGUCGCUCCUCCUGCUCUCUCUCUUCUCCCACAACAUGGGGCUGUACCUGCUGUCGGCCAUCAGCAUCGAGAGGUGCGGGUCCAUCCUGUGCCCGCUCUGGUACCGCUGCCACCGCCCCCAGCGCCUGUCAGGGGUGGUGUGUGCCCUGCUCUGGGUCCUCUCCGUCACUGUCAUUGCCACGGUGACGUCCCUGUGCCUCUUGGAUGAGCACGAGCCCUGCCGGACGUCUCUCAUCUCCAUGUUUGUCCUUAACUUCCUCAUCUUUGCCCCACCCAUGGUCAUCUCCAAUGUGAUCCUGUUCAUUAAGGUCCUCUGUGGCUCCAAGCGACGCCAACCUAAGAGGCUCUACAUCGUUAUCUUCCUCACUGUCAUCUUCUUCCUCAUCUUUGGGGUUCCUCUCAGCCUCUUACAUUUCCUGCAGCAGCUCAGCUACACCUCUGUGUCCUCCCAGGUUGUUUUCCUGCUCGCCUGCAUCAACAGCAGCACCAACCCCUUCAUCUACUUCCUGGUGGGGAGCUGCUGGAGGCGCUGUUCCCUGGUGUCCCUCCAGGUCGCCUUCCGGAGGGUCUUUGAGGAGACGGUGGUCACCACGACCUCCAGCUAA